CGGGCCGCUCGGCACCUGGUCCCGGCCCCGGCCCCGUCAUCGUCAUGCAGGCGGUGGAGCGGGACGGGGCGGCAGGCGGCGCCGAAGGGGCGACCGGAGCUGGUGAGGCUCCGCCGGAGCCGUCGCCGCCCAAGGCCGCCGCUGCUUUCGACCUACUGGAGCUGGUGCGGAGCUACCGGCGGCUGGAGCUCUACCUGGAGCCGCUGCGGGACGCCGCCGAGGGUGUCCGCUCCCUCCUCCGGUGGCAGCGGCCUGUGUGCUCUCUCCUGGUCUGCCUCGGCCUCAACUGCCUCCUGCUCACCCUCGGCCAAGCUGCCUGGUACUCGGUGCUCGCCCUGCUGGUCGCGGUACCGGCCCUGCUGGGUUACCUGCAAGAGACGUGCCGGGCCCGGCCCUCGGAGCCGGAGCUGGUGCGCAGGAGGUACCACAGCAUCCGCAGGGAGGAUCUGCGCAAGGUGCAGCUCUCGCGGCAGGAGGCCAUCGCCCAGGUCAAGAGCUUCCUGAUCCAGCUGGAGGGGUUUCUGAGCGGGAUGUGCUGCAGCUGUGAGGCAGUAUACCGUGUGCUGUACUGGGAGAAUCCCACUGUCUCUUCCCAGUUUUAUGGGGUGCUACUGGGCACUAUCUGUGUCCUCUACCUGAUGCCUCUCUGCUGGGUCCUGGCCGUCCUCAACAGCACCCUCUUUCUGGGCAACACCCAGUUCUACCAAGUGAUAAUGGAGCUCAAGGCCUCCGUUGAGCAGUGUGUGGGCUCCAAACCCCUUGAGAGGACUCCAGAACCUGCUGAACCCCUGCCACCAGCUGCUGCUCCAGAUCGGACCCCCACCCCCACCAGUGCAGAGGACCUUACCCCUGGCAGUGUGGAGGAAGCAGAGGAGGCAGAACCCGAUGAAGAGUUCAAAGAUGCUAUUGAGGAGAACCAGCUGCUGGUCAUGGAGGAUGAUGAGAGCUCUCAGUGCUCAGCAGAUUUCGACCUCAGCCUCCCAGACAAUGGUUUUAUGAGCAAAAAUGAGGUGAUCCGCAGCAAGGUGUCACGCCUGACCGAGCGCCUGCGCAAGCGCUACCCCAGCAACAACUUUGGGAACUGCACGGGCUGUGCUGCCACCUUCUCUGUGCUCAAGAAGAGGCGGAGCUGCAGUAACUGUGGGAACAGCUUCUGCUCCAGGUGUUGUUCCUUCAAAGUCCCCAAGGCUGUGAUGGGAGCCACAGCUCCGGAGGCUCAGAAGGAGACAGUGUUCGUGUGUGCUCUCUGCAACCAGGUGCUCAUCAAGUGAUGAAACAGGCCCAGCCAGCUCCUGUGUCCUGCACUGCUUGAGACCUGGGACAGUGGGCAGACACCCCUGCCACUGGGAGCCCAGACUGUUUGGAUCCCCGUGUGGCAUUCCCCUGCCAGAGGAUGCUUGCACUUGUGCUCCUCCUGCCAGCGCCAGGCUGGAUGGACCAGCCCUCCUUGCCAUGCACCAGCUGGGUCCCUGUGGUGGAGCACUGCCUGUGGCUAUGCCCUGUCCCUGCAGCUGCUCCAAGCGCUGGGUGUUCUCUGGCACUUGCUGUCCCCUGCCACAUGCUUGCCUAGGCCCUUUGGCCUGGCUUAGUGAUGGAAGAGCCCUCCUUCCUGCUUGUGGUCCUGCCUUCACCUCCUGGGUGGGGCAGAACAACCUCAGGGCUCUGUCUCUACCUUUCCCAGCACUGUGCUAUAAGUGACUGUAUUUUUGGGAUCAAGUCAGAGCUCCUCCUGGAUCCCUUUGGGUCUAGACUAGCUAGGCUUUUCAUCCUAGCUCAGCUGAGACUCUGCUAGUCACUCCUGUGCUCCUCAGCCUCACUGCCUGCAGGUUUAGUCUUUUACCUCUGAAUUUGGCUGUAGCCCAGAGUUUGGGUUGGGCUGUGUGGUUGGAUCUCCAGUGUGAGAAAAGGCAGGAGUUGGUGCUGCUCUGUGCACUUAGUGACUGCUGCUUUCUACUACAGAUUAAUAUAUAGUUCCAUAUAGAGAAUGACCAAUAAAUCUCUUGGCCUCA